AUGAUGAAAUGUCUGUGUGACGAGAUGAAAAGGGGCCAGAGCAUCUGGAGGUUCACGACGUCCAUGGUCGUGGUCCACUGUGGCCACUAUGAUGAGGGCCCAUGCAAGACCUUGCCAUUUUCAGUGGAAAACAAGUCGCGGUUGCUGGCCAUGAUGGCCGUUUUCUUUGGAUCUGGAUUUGUAGCACUUUUCUUUAUCAUGAGACACCAAUUGCAUUUAACAGAUAUGAAGAAUGUUUAA